CUGGAACUGUCCCUUAGCUAAAUCACGUUAGUGCUUCAUAUGUUUUUGCUAGAUAUGGAUCUAUUUCAAUGGUAAUAGGGUGUCGCAGCAUGGUUUGAACUUCCUGCAUUCCCGCCCACUUCUCCUUCUGAAGUUGUGAUGGGCGUCUCAAUAAAUGUGUCUGCAGCUAUAGGUAUGGCAUGCGAAGCAUUUUUGUAUGGAGUCUACUGCGUGUUAUUUAUCACCUCCAUCGUAAUUCUCAUCAAACGAUAUCGACUAAGCAAUCGAGUGAUCUGGGUUGCAAACUGCAUCCUGUUUAUAACGUCGACGGCUCACUUUGCAUUGGUGUUCAACCAUUUCUACAUUGCACUCGAAUAUAUUCCGUUCUCAGAGUUCGGAGACGAAACUCCUGGAAUGAUGGGAGCCAACUUACUGAGUUCUGUUGUAGAUUUAGUUGGAGACUUGCUCCUACUCUAUCGAUGCUGGUUUGUCUGGGGGAAGAAUUCUUAUGUGAUUGUUCUCCCUCUGAUCACCGCUCUUGGGGGCUUUGGAUGCAUUUUGCCCAUCCCAUCCCUUUUAUUGACAAUCGACCCAACAUCGCCAGUGCCUCCAACUGCGAUCGUACCGUUGACUAUUGCCGGAUAUGUUUUGCCUCUUUGCACAAACAUUAUGGUCACUGCGCUCAUCGCUGGUCGCCUUUGGUACACAUCUCGGAUUCCCGUCGUCGACGAGCAUGGAAAGCCAAUGAUUUUGAAAAUCGCAGCUGGUGGACGCCCAAUGAUGCUCAUUAUCGAAAGCGGUGCUCUGUACAUGGUCACGCAACUCAUCUUUGUCAUCCUCGUAGCCACUGGAAAUCCUGCUGAGGCGAUAUUAAGUUACGCUGGGACACAGAUAUAUGGUAUUGCGUCGACAUUAAUUAUCAUCCGGGUUGGGCUAGGCAUCUCGCUUGAGCAGACUGUACUACCGACGACUCAUAUAGAAUUUUGGUCCCAGACAUAAGGUACCACAGGGGUGCGCUCAGUUGGCACAUGUAGAAACGAUCGUUCACUUGAUUCGCCAUCAACUGCAUAGUUGGUGCGGAGCCGGGUCAACCUUGAAUAUUGUUGAAGAUAAAUAUAAGUAUUCGAGACAUGUAGAGGGGCCGAGGGCCAUAUUAUAAUA